GGUGACAACGCGCGCACCGAGACGCUUUCGAUCUUGAAAAUUCGUGACUCGUAAACCAGCUGCAAUCGGUGCAACAGUGUUAUUUACUGUAGUAGACUGUUCUUGCUGUCUCUGCUGUAGUUCUGUGAUAUUCAACUUCAGAAACUUGAAAAAAUGGCCAGAAAUAAGGAAGGCUGUAUGAUCAUUUUGGAUGUCGGUAAGGAUACCUUGACAAAGAGCGGUAAAAAUGAUCAGACAUUUUUCGAACGCGCCAAGAGUUGUGUUUCCAAAAUCGUCCAGAGAAAGAUUUUCAGUAAACCGCAGGAUGAAGUCGGCCUGGUUCUGAUGGGCACCGAUGACACCAAUAACCAACUGAACGUGGAAUACGGGGGAUAUCAUCACAUUUCGGAAGCAUUUGAGCUGAAUCCCAGCAACUGGCAGAUGCUAAGAGUGCUGGAAAAGCAGGUCCACGCCUCGAAGGUGAACGGCGAUUGGUUCGAUGCGCUGGUUGUGGCAAUGAACUUCCUCAAAGUUGGUGCACAGGCCAAAAAGUUUGCCUCGUUGAAAAUUAUUCUCGUAUCGGCCCUUUCCGUUUCGUCUAACCUGGAUGAGGACCAGAUGGAUUCGGUGGUUAGAAAGUUGACCGAUAUGCCAUGCGAACUGAACGUUAUCAACGAUAGCGUGGAACACCACGUGGACUCGGAGGACCAGCACGACGAGGAUAAUUUGAUAUUCGAUGCCCUCGGUAUCUUCAGUCAGACCCAUCAGAAAACCAAAGAACAACGAGCCAACGAAAAAAUGCUAUCGGAUAUAGUGUUCAAAUCGAACGGCGCCCUUUGUAACAUUGAUUCGGCUGAACUGCUGCUUGUGCACUUCGAAAAGAAAGCUACUAGAGCUAUGCCUUGGAACAGCAUGCUGUCAAUCGGAACAAAGAUCCAGAUCAGCAUAUCGGCUUUUCUGUUGAUUUCGGAAGAAAAGGGAUUGGGAUCAUUCAAAACUGAAUCCACUAAUCCCAAUGCUACCGUCAAGCUGAAAACCGACUACUUCAAGAAUGAUCAGCCUUUUGAACCGGACUACGAAAACGUGAUCAAUGGCUACAUGUAUGGGUCAACAGUGGUACCGUACGAUAGUCAGAUCGAUAUCGAUUACAAAUCGGGCGAACAGCGGCUUUCCUGCUUGGGAUUUACGGUGGCUGGAAACAUUCUGGAGGAAUACUUAUGCGGAACCGGUACCCAUGUGGUCGUUGCCAGAAAGGACUGCUCUGCUUCGGAAGCCAAACUGUCCGCACUGGUGAAGGCAAUGAUCGAGCUGGAUGUAUUCAUGAUUGCCACCAAGGUGUACCGCCGUGAUACACGACCCAAGAUCAACGUGCUCAUGCCAACGUAUAGGAAGCGUUAUCCAUGCCUGAUCAUGAUGGAGCUGUGCUUUCAAGAGGAAGUUGCCCUGUUGAAAUUCCCUCCACUCCUAUCGAACAAGUAUAAACCAACCGAUGCACAGUACGAAGCCGUGGAAAAACUGAUCGACGCAAUGGACCUGAUGGAUGCGUUGGACGAUGACACCGGAUCUAAAGAAGCGUUCGCUCUACAAAAGACAUUGAACCCAAUCCAUCAGCAUAUGUACAGAACGGUUGCCCAUCGAGCACUUCAUCCGAAAGCCCCCAUACCGGCUAUGGACGAAGAACUGAAGAAGCUGGUAGAUGUACCACCCAAGGUGCGGGAAAGAUCCAAAACCGCAUUGGAAGAAGUUAAAAAUCUAUUCCCACUGAAGGAAGUCAAGGUCAACGCUCGGCUCAAGUGGCUUCAAAGGGCGAACAAGAUCACUGCUAGUUUGGAUGGCGCAGUCGCCGGCACAUCCCAACAAAAUGCGACCGAUGCCGAAGAGGAAUUGGAUGACCAAAGGACGAUUGUAGAAGUGGGAACCGUUACCCCCGCGGAAGAUUUCGCUUUGCUGCUGAAACGAGGCGAGAAAUUUGCCACUCUUUGCGGCCAGAUUCAGAACGUCAUCUCGGAUUUGGUGUUCAAAUCGAUGACCGUUCAGUACGAGAAAGUAGCCAUGGCCAUGAUGAUGUAUCGCGAAGAAGCGAAGAUUAUGGGCCCAUACCGGUAUAAUGAGUGGAUUGCGGAGUUCAAGAAGAGUCUUCUCGCGCGGAAUAAGCAGGAAUUCUGGGAACAGGUGGUGGUUCGCGAACGCUUCGGAUUGAUUGGUAUGGGCGAGAGCGACAUGAGUACCAUCACUGCAGAUGAAGUUGAAGAAUUCUACAAUGUGAACACUGUGCCUAAAUCAAGUGAAAGUGGCGCUGAUGCUGAUUACGUAGAUGCGGAUGAUUUAUUUGCCAACAUGUGAAUCGUUGGCCUAUGUUAACUGUUACUAUUUUAUUAUGAUGAACCUGCUCUGCCUAUGAUCGCAUAUCAGUCUGAUUUUUGCUGGGUUUCGUAUUUAUUUGAUACCGUUAUACGAUCAUAGGAAGUGCUAAUGUAUUAAAAAGUUAUGUACCUAAAUAAAGUACCGUUUAUCGUCUA